AUGAUUAGCGAGACGGGCUCCAAUGUAAUUGUAAUGCUUACCAAAGAGGUGGAAAAUGACAAGAUAAAAUGUACACACUACUGGCCACUGGAGCCCGGGAACGCUUUCACGUUCGACACCCUGCGGGUGACUCUGGUGAGCGAGGAAAAGACGUUCGAGAACCGACUCGUGGAGCGAACAUUGGAGCUGCACCACCCCGACACCGGCGACCGAAGAGAGAUCAAGCAUUACCAGUACCUGGACUGGCCCGAUCACGGCCUCCCAGAAAGUGCCGCCGCCUUCCGCAAGAUCCUACACAAGGUGGACAGAGUGCGCGCGGAACAAUCUCCAAUCGUAGUCCAUUGCAGUACCCUGGAGAAGCUGCACUUACACCUCAAGGAAAAGCCCGACGAGCCCCCGGAGUUCAACGUGCUGCAGACGGUGCUGCGGAUGAGGGAACAGCGCGUGGGCAUGGUCCAGACGAAGCUGAGCGUGGGUGUGCAGGAGCAAUACAUCUUUUGCUACAAGGCUCUCCUCGAGGAAACGCAGAAGCUGGGCCUGACGUCGGUGACGGCAGAUCAUCUUGUGUGA